AUGGGCCAUUUACGGCGUCCACCCAGACGCCUGGCCUGUCUAUUUCUUCUCUGUCUCUCUACCCUCUCCACGCUCUCCCAGGCCACGACCAAUUUCGUUGAUGAUGGUUUUGAGGGGGAAACUGAUGAGGAAUACGAUCAACGAUAUGCCGAAUUUGUCACCACUGAGACUGAACGCGGUCUGUUCCCCUCGAUUUUCAACUUGGCGACAAAUGCCAUGAUUUCUUCUACUGCCACUUGCGGAGAAAGGGGGCCCGAGGAAUACUGUAAAUUGGUCGAACAUGUGCUGUGGAGGAAGACGCCUGGCAAUGGUGCCCCCCAAUGCGACACGUGCGACGCGAACGAUGCGAGACGGAGGCAUCCAGUCGAAUUUGCGAUCGAUGGAACAAGAAGAUGGUGGCAAAGCCCUUCGCUUCACAAUGGCCUGGAAUACGAGAAGGUGAACAUUACGAUUGAUCUCCGUCAAGAAUAUCAAGUCGCAUAUAUGGUGGUGAAGAUGGGAAAUGCACCCAGGCCGGGAUCUUGGGUGCUGGAGAGGUCGCUCGACGGCGAGAACUGGCAAGCCUGGCAGUACUUCGCCACCAACGACGCGGAAUGCGUGCACUGCACGUCAGAAUACUCGAAAUUGACCCCUCUGGAGUAUGGUGAGAUCCAUAUCUCUCUUGUCAACGGAAGACCCGGCGCCAAGGGACCGUCACUCGAACUUCAGAAAUUCACGCGUACCCGUUUCGUGCGUCUGCGUCUCAUCGACCUGCGUACACUGAAUGCCGAUUUGUUGAUCGUCAACUCGAGGGGACAUAAGCUGGAUAAGAGUGUCACUAUGAGAUAUUUCUACUCGAUCUCCGACAUUUCAAUUGGUGGCCAAUGUAUUUGUUAUGGACAUGCGGAGAGUUGUCCGGCAGAUCCGGUUACAGGGCAAUUCCAAUGUGAAUGCCGUCACAAUACCUGCGGAGAAUCAUGCAACAAAUGCUGUCCACUCUUCAAUCAACUCCCAUGGAAACCCGGCACCAACGCGCAGCCGAAUAUUUGCCAACAGUGUCAGUGUUUCUCCCACGCCGACGAGUGUGUCUAUGACGAAGAUCUGGCUCGUGAUCAGCUCUCCGUCACACCGGAAGGAGUUUUCGAAGGGGGUGGACGGUGUCUGCAGUGUCAGCACAACACGGAGGGAAUCAAUUGCGAGAGAUGUCUAAAGGGAUAUUACCGUCCCUCCGGAAUGUCACACUAUCGUGAAGAUGCUUGUAGAUCGUGUGAUUGUGAUGAGACUGGAUCGGAGAGUGAGGAGUGUAUUCGGGAUGAUCAAUCGGCCAUUAAUGGAAUGGCCCCGGGUGACUGCCGUUGCAAACCGGGUUUCGGCGGGCGGCGAUGCGAGAGAUGCGCACCGGGAUACCGUAACUACCCUCAUUGCGAGCCGUGCCCAUGCAAUCAGGCUGGAUCGCUCAAUUUCGAUCAUUGUGAGCACGAGAAAUGCCAAUGCAAAGCGAACGUCGAGGGUCUGUAUUGUGACCGUUGCAAAUCGGGCACCAUUCAUCUCUCCAAGGAAAACCCCCAAGGAUGUCAACCGUGUUUCUGUUUUGGCCUCUCGACAAAUUGCACAGAGAAGGAAUGGGCUACUGGAAAGAUCCAAAAACAACUCGGCUGGCAGCUGACGGAUUUGAGUGGAGGUCGAGAGGUGGCACCGGAUAAUGAGAAUGGAGAGGUGCUAAUGUUCAACGCGAAUCAGAACAAAGAUCGAUCUCUCUACUAUUGGAAAGCGCCGAAAGCAUACACGGGAAAUCUGCUGACAUCUUAUGGAGGAAUCCUCCAUUAUUAUGUCUAUUUUGUCCCGACUGACAGCUCGGAGACGAUCCCUGUUGCUGACGUCGUCAUUGAAGGCCAAGGAAUCAAACUGGAGCACCACUCCCGCAUCCCAUUCCACCCGAGAGAGAACGUGACGGUACAGAUUGCCCUUCGAGAAGGUGCCGGAUGGUAUAAUAGCCAAUCGAGGAGACCGGCUGAUAAGGCUGACGUGAUGCGUGCCCUCUCUGGCGUCUCUCUAUUCCUCGUGCGUGCUAUGUACAAUCAGAACCAACUCCAGAGCAGCAUUUUUGGGCUCACGCUUGAUAAGGCAGUUGCGCGGACCAAGGGAAAUGCGCUAACCUCGGAUACACUGAUGAAAUCGGUGGAAGUGUGCGAAUGCCCCGAGGGAACAUCCGGAAACUCUUGCGAGUCUUGCCCCCAUGGCUAUCGUCGCGUCGACAAUCAACUCUUCAAUGGUCGAUGCGAGAAGUGUGAUUGUAACGACCAUGCCGAUUCUUGUGAUCCGUUCACCGGGGAAUGUACUGAUUGUCAGCACAAUACCACCGGUUCGCGCUGUGAAAUGUGUCUCCCCGGCCAUUACGGUAAUCCGUCCCUCGGAGGAGAAUUCGGAUCAUGCCAACCAUGCGCAUGCCCGACACUCGACAACAAUUACAGCAAGGAAUGCGCCUUGGCUCAGCUCGUCGUCUCCGGCUCGGCCGCCUCAACCCAAGAUGCCUACGUUUGCACGGCUUGCGAGCCUGGAUACGAGGGGAAUAAGUGCGAGAUGUGCGCGGACGGAUACUGGGGAGAUCCUCUGGAAGUAAACGGUACCUGCCGAGAAUGCGAAUGUAAUGGAAAUAUCGACGCGAUGGCCAUUGGAAAUUGUGAUACGAAGACUGGAGAAUGUUUGAAGUGUAUUGGACAUACAACUGGAGAGGAGUGCGAGAAAUGCCUUCCCCACCACUUUGGCUCUGCUCUAACCCAUACUUGCCAUCCAUGUGGAUGCCAUCGACAGGGAGCUGUAUCGCUGGAAUGUCAUGAAGGCAGUGGCGUGUGCGAGUGCAAAGAUCAUUACAUCGGUCGUCACUGUGACCAAUGUGAAGAGGGAUAUGGUGAUGUGGAGAAUGGAUGCGAGGAGUGCGGGUGCGACGCUACCGGCUCGGUUGGAUCAGAAUGUGACCAGGUUUCCGGCCAGUGCACCUGUAAACAGGGUGUCUUCGGGAAACGCUGCGACCAAUGCCGUCCUUCCUAUUUCCAAUUCUCGGAUUCUGGUUGCCAAUUCUGCAACUGUAACACCUAUGGAUCGAUCGAGGAUGGAAAGUGUGACAACGUGACCGGCGCGUGCCAAUGCCGUUCAUGGGUUGAGGGACAAAUGUGUGAGAAGUGCGUCGAGGGGUAUUUCAAUAUUUCCUCUGGAAAUGGAUGUCAACCCUGUGAAUGCGAUGAUACUGGAGCUGAGGGCACUGCCUGCGACCUUGUUUCCGGCCAAUGCAAAUGCAAGCCGGGCGUGACCGGGCUGAAAUGUGAUCAAUGCGCGCCGAACCAUUGGGGAUUGUCGGAUAAUGGGUGCAAGAAUGUGCCGUCUGCCCGGCCGUUGGUCAAGUGUGUGAUGCGCUGGGAUUAUCAUCCAUUGAAGGGCUGCAAAAAGUGUGAAUGCUCGAAAAUCGGAGCUGCCGGCAGCAAGUGUAACCCCAGGAAUGGACAGUGCGAAUGCAAAGAGGAGUUCGUCGGCCUGAAGUGCGAUCGAUGCUCCCAUGGGUUCUUCAACUUCCCAAUUUGUGAGCCAUGCGCUUGUCAGCCAGAAGGGACAGAUCCUCUGCAAUGUCGUGAAGGGCUGUGUCUCUGUGAUGAGCAAGGGAAAUGCCCGUGCAAGAAAAACGUCAUCGGAGCCAAGUGUGACCAAUGUCGUGACGGUGCCUUUUCGCUCGACUCCUCGAAUACGUUGGGCUGCACGGAUUGUUUCUGCUUCAAUCGAUCAUCAACUUGCCGGCAGGCGAACCUCGUCUGGAAACAAGUGUACGCCGAAGAACAAUCGGCCAUCUUCCAGGAACCCUGGGAAUUCUACACUCAAAAGCACAACAUCCGCUUACUACAGGAACAUUCCGGAACCCCGUUCAACUCUUACCCCACCGAUGAUACGCCUCUAUAUUGGCAACUUCCCAAGACAUUCCUCGGCGAUAGGACUGCCUCGUACAACGGAUUUUUGAGGUUUAAGAUCUGGAACAACGACAAUCGCCUCGGCGUUGAAGGUGUUCGGCCAAACCCAAAGGUGUUCCGCUACUUUCCGCAGGUGAUCCUCGUCGGGAACAACCGAAUCGAACUCGAGCAUAUCCCAUUCGACAUCAGCGACGAUGGAAAGUACAAGGUGCGUAUGCACGAAUCGGAAUGGCGAAGCCGACAAUCCCCAGAAGUGGCCGUCAGCCGGAAGCUGCUCAUGGUCGCCCUCCAGAAUAUUCAGGGCGUCUACAUCCGCGCCUCGUACAACUACCCGUCCCGUGGUGAUACGAUCUCCAUUGCCGAGAUCUCGCUCGACGUGGCUUCCGAAGACACGCACGAGACCGGCGUUUGCAUGGACUGCGCCGACAACACGUGGGGAGACCGUUGCGAGUUGUGUCUGGAGGGAUACGUGGGAGACGCUACGAGAGGAGGAGCGCUGGCUUGUACGAAAUGCGCUUGCCCGCUUGUCGACAACUCGUUCAGCAAAACCUGCGUGCCGGUGGAAUACGGUAGAGGAUACCUCUGCGACUCGUGCAAACCCGGAUAUACUGGACAGUACUGUGAGAGUUGCGUAACCGGAUAUUACGGCGACCCGUCCUCAAUUGGCGGCCAAUGUAUCGAAUGUGAUUGUCAUCCAGAUGGUUCUCUCCAUGGUUCUUGCCAUCCAUUGACUGGAGAGUGCGAGUGCAAACCGGGCGUGACAGGCCGUGACUGUUCUCGUUGCCAGGAACGCCACGCUUUCAUCAACCGGAAAUGCACUUCUUGUGAUCAGGGCUGCUACCUCGAGCUGAUGCUGGAUAUUGAUGAUCUGGAGGAGACGCUGGCUGAGCAGAACUUCACCAACUUGCGGCCAAUUCCUUGGAAACGCGUCGGUAGGAUUGAGAACAGCACUGCACUACUCCGCGAAUUCGUCGGCGGUCUUGCUGUUGACCCAUCGGAUCUGAACAUUCUCGACAUCCAGGGAAAGAGCAAAUACGCCAGAGAAGCCGAUGCUGUCGUCGAUGAGGCGAAUUUUAUGGGAGAACGAGCCGCCCGUGCCGAGCAGGACAUUCUGAAUUACACGACCAGGGCUGAAGGGAUAUCAAGAGAUGCACAGGCUGCAUUCAAACAAUCAUUCAACACCACGCAAUUCUUGAAACAUUUCGCGAGAUACGGCGGAAUCUCGGUGGGAGCCGGACAAGUCGAACUCUGGGCUGCUGAGGCUGAGGCUCAUCAAAAUGCGACCAUUGAAAGGGGCCGCUAUGUGGAGAAGAGACAUGGAAGAGUCCAGGGAGCCAAGACCAAAACCGACGAGCUGAUGAAAAAGGUGCUGCAGCUUAAGCUCAACGACACGGCAUUUGAGGAGAUCAAUCAGCGCCUCGUCGACGUCGAAGGGCUCGUUGAAGAUUUCCGGACGACCGUAUAUGAAAAAGCAAAGAAGGACGGGGCUGAUGCAUCGAGAAUGAGUACCGUAGUAUCGAAGCGAAUCGAGAGAUAUCGAGAGGUUGCCGGGCAGAUUGAUACGUUGAGGGCUGAAGCGGAGGAUGCGUUGAGCAAUGCCCGUUCGGAAGUGUCCCAAGCCCGUGAAGGCCAGCUCCUCGAUGCCUACGAUAGCUAUCAGAAGAUCAGAGAUAGUCUGGCUGCCGCUGCUGAACACGCCAAUACACUCACCAAUCUGUCGAACAGCUACGCCCAACUGACCGACGAGUACGAUGACGCCUAUGUACAGCCGUCAUCAAAACACGCAAUGGAAUUGGCAAAACAUUCGAGGAGAGUGGGAGACGCCUUCCGAACGACGAAAGCGGAAGCGGCAAAUCCGUUGAAGGCAUCGGCGGCCUAUGAUGAUAUUGUUGGAGCGUUGAGGAAUGCGACGAUGGCUGUCGAAAAGGCGCAGGAGGCCGUGACCGAGUCGCACAAUCUGGCCAUCGGAUCUGGGGAAGAAGAAAAGGAGAAGGGAUUGGCCGUUCUGGUGGCUGGCAGUCAAGAGUACAGUACCGUACUAUCUGGAGAGGCGGCGUCGAUUCAAAGGAUUUGGUCGUCAGAAGAUCUGGCCGCAAAGGGGAAAGCGUUGAAGGAAAGGCUGAGUCUUGUCAACGAGCAGAUCAUCGAUAUGACGAGGAGGAAGGACGCUAUUAGACCCCAGCUCGAAAACUUUGACGAUCAACAUGAGAGGAUGGGUGGUCUGCAACAGAUGGCUGUGGAGAGUGAGGAGCGAGCCAGGGAAGCCAAGGAAAAAGCUGAGGGGAUGAAGGAGGAAGUUAGAGAGAUUGGCGAACAGACCGACAAACUGGCCAAUUCGACGGCUGAAGGCAUCCGCGAAGAGAUCGACAAGAUAACCCUGGCCCGAAGCGAGCUGUCGUCAUCAUCAGAUAACCUGAGUCGAACUCGGAAUGAAAUGGCGAUAAAUGGGGAGAGAAUGGCUGAUGUCGAGAGGAGAAUUGCCCUAUUGAAGGAGAGAAUCGAAGAGACGAGGGAGAGAGCACGACAGGUCCCGCUCGCCCUGCGUGCCGAUGAACGUGGCCACUGUCGUCGUUCAUACAUCUCCCCGGCUGCCCCAUCAUCUGCCAAUCGAUUCCACGUCAAAUUCAGGCCUCUGAAGGGAGUCCCCGAUGCUGUUAUUUUCUCCACACGAACCAAGGGAAGACGCACCCAGGCCAGCGAAUACGUUGCUGUUGAGGUUGUUGACCGUCGUGUUGUUGCCCAUUGGAACAUCGGAGGCGGGAAGAAGAAGGUGACCAACACGCACCCCAUCAAUUUCAUCCCACACUCCGAUCGGGCGGCCACCGGAACCUGGUACCACAUUGACGUCUCGCGCACCGGCGACUCGGUGAAUCUUACCGUAUCCCUUCGCGAGUCGACAAUCGGAGAGGGAUCCCCAUUCCGUUCGGAUCCAAUUUCCGUCUCUGCCGGUCAACAUUCUUCAAUUGGAGACUCCAUCUUCAAUACCGUACCCGGGGAGACCGAACUCGCUUUUGGGACGACGAAAGAGGAGGCGAAAGAACUCGGCCUUGCCUCGUCGCAAUUCAAGGGAAUCAUUGGAGGCCUCAGGGUCGAUCAGACCCCGCUCGAGCUGUGGGCGUUCCAAGAAUCGACCCAAGAAUGUGAGGGCGCCACCCCACCACCGAAUUCGGCGCCUCCCGCGCAGCAUUUCCGCGACGGCUUCGCGGUGAUCAACCUGCCAGUCAGCGAGCGUACGGUUGCGUCGCUUACCGUAGCCUUCAGCACGUAUUCGACGGAAGGAUUACUGUACUUCCGCGGAGACGAGCACAGCGGCGAUUUCUUGGCCCUCUACAUGGAGAAGGGGCACAUUGUAUUCAAGAUAAAUGUGGGCGGGGCCUCGUCGGCCGAGAUUCGCUCCGGAAGUCCGUAUUUCGAUGGACAACAGCAUACGGUGAAGGCGAUUCGGAAUGGAAUGGAAAUGCAUCUACAGGUGGAUUCCGAUGCAGAUAGGAGGAGUACAGUAAUCCCCGGACAGAACACGCAGAUGAAUAUACAAGGAGAUGCCCACUUCGUUGCGGGAGUCCCUCCAGAAUACCGUACCUCAGCCUUUGCCCACCAUGCGAUUCAGUGGAGAGGCUUUACUGGCUGUAUUCUGUCUGUAAAACCCACACAGGUGAACGACCUGAACAUCGGUUCCCCGCUCCGCUCCCUCCGUCGAUCGGCUGGCUGUCGUCUCCAACGAGGUCAUCUCGAAGCGGAUGGAUUGAUCGGAUUCCCGACACCCGGAUAUUUCGUUACACAAGGAUUCGAGAUUACGACAAAUUCCUCGAUUUCCCUGACGUUCCGUACCCGCGAAGAGAACGGGACACUCCUCUUUACAUCAGCUCAACUGCCAGAGCAACGCCAGAGGAGACAGGCUAGGCCAUUGGGCUAUUUGGCGCUGUAUCUGUUCCGCGGCUAUAUCGUCGCCCAUUUCGGGUUGGAUCCGGUGAUGAGGGAGAGUGCCGUCACUAUCAGAUCGCCAUUGGCGUACAACGACGGAAAUGCGCACUCAUUGUUCUUGGUGCGAGACGGAGACAACCUUCGUAUGCGUAUCGAUGACCGUGAAGUGGGCGUGGCCACGUUGGCCGAUGAGGCACCAGUUGGUGGCACUUCACUACCGCUGUAUAUUGGAGGAUUCCCGCCAGGAAUCGAGCCGCCGUCAGCCGAGAUCCCGACGGCCGUCUCCCUCAUCGGGUGCAUCUCCGAUUUGACGCACAACUUCAACCGUCACCCGAUCGUACCCCGCCACCAGAAGGCGCUACUUGGUGCCUGCUCUCUGCAGCAACCACAUCUACUCAUCGACCACACAAUCGAUAUCGAUCCACCGGCCUCUGACCGGAAACAAUCCCCGAUUCAAAUCGACCCGGAAAUUGGGCCAAUCGAGGUGAUGAGGGAUGAUGCGAAACCCCUGCCAGUCGAUCGGGAUACGUGCACCCUGAUCCCAUCUGGCCAACGAUCUGAGGGUGCGGCUCGUUUCGGAGUCGCCAAAUCGUCGCAUUCCCGAAUCAAUUUCGACAAGGAUUCCACCCCGGAUAUUCACUCGUUCUCCCUACAAUUCGAGGUUCGAACAGACGCCUCCGAGGGGCUACUCUGGACAUGGGCAAACUACAAGAAUUAUACACGAUACUUUUUGCUGACGGUUGAACAGGGAUAUCUCACUUUCCACAUCAAGGGCCACCGCGAGCCUCGCCGUGCGAUCUUCUCGGAUCGACGUCUCGAUGAUGACCAAUGGCAUUCAAUUCGCCUUGUCAAAACAGAGCGAGAUGUUUUGAUUGAAGUGGAUGAGGGGCUGUCGCCACUGAGGAUCACUGAAUGCCCACAUCCGAAGGUGAUGCGUCGUCGUAUGUAUAUUGGUGGUGUGAUCUCGGCGCAUCGUCAUUUCGGCCUCUCCCUGCCACCCAGUCUCCCGGGUUGCAUUCGACAAUUCACCGUCGAUGAUAGAAGCUACCCCCUUCUAACGGAUACUUCUCGCGACGUCAUCCCCUGUUCUCUAUCCCAUUCCAAGGGCGCCUAUGUGCACUCCGAGGGAUUCGCUGUAUUUGAGCCCCUGUCGAAGAUCCGUUGGGAGGGUACGGUACCGUGGAUCGAGAUGGAAGUACGGCCGAUUACUCAAAACGGAACACUUCUUGCAUUGAUGGCCAAUUCGAACCCGAGAGAUCGGAUGGCAUUGGAAUGGAAUGAGGGAAUGAUGCAAAUCUCGGUGUUGCACGGCGAAUCCGGGAUGGAAGUGCGUGAUGUUCUACCAACCAUUCGUCCCUUAUGCGAUGGUGAAUGGCACACGAUAAGGAUCGAUCUCCAUCCACAGCAUCUCGGAGUUACAAUUGAUCGCGAAUCCCAUACCGUACCCGUCCCAUUCACCUCGACAACCCGGCAAUUCUUCACAAAACUGCCGCUCAAUAUCGCUGGAGUGAAUGCAAUCGCCGCAAAAGAGUCGGGUCUAUCGCCUUCCCUAACUGGCUGCUAUCGUGAAUUGACCAUCAACGGAAAGGCCCUCUAUUUCGAGCAGGCAUUGAAGGCGACAAAGGUGAUCAUCGACGGCUGCCCGUUCGCC